GAGACACUGCGUGAACUCAUCCCACCCUUCCUUCUGGCCGUGCCAAAGAAGAAGACUUCUCACUCGCGGAAAUCCAUGCGCAGCGCAAACAAGGGCUUGAAGGACAAAGAAAACUUGGUACACUGCCCGGGAUGUGGAUCAGCAAAACUUGCGCACCAUUUGUGUCCGACUUGCUACUCCAACUUGAGCCGCGAAUGGAAGGCUAAGGCGCGG